GCGGAUAAUUCGCUUCGAAGGUUACACCGUGGCCUUGACGCCCAACCUUGAAGAGAUGACGGUCGAUCAGGCUGUAAUAAUUUCAUUUCUCAUAAUGUCCUAAGUGUCGAUCCUUAUUUGAUUAAAUCUGUUAUCAGCCUUUCAACUACUGCUUCGAUUGCUUCACUGACUUACUAUCGGUGGUUGUAAUUGUCCCACUGAAAACCUACGAAAUUUCGGCUUGGAUAAAUAAAAUGAUCGUGCCUAUUUAGUUAACAAACCAGUUGUGGGCAAAACAGAGUUAUCACUUAAUCUACAGUACAUCCUAAAUACAUACACUAUUGAAUGUUCAGAUAUUGGGAUUGUACAUAUUGGAUUAUGAAAAUGAUCUUUGUUGUCCAUAUACAUCUUCAAGUUACUAGUCUUUCACCAUAAAUAUCAGCAAUGUCUUUUCGAGCAUAGUUGGCUUCUCGGAACUACUAAACACCACUGAUUUUUUUGUCAUUGAAUUUAUAAAUAUUAUAACUAUGGUCCUAGUCAAGCAUGUACUAAUCGAAAGAGUCCAUGAUUUAGCCGCCCUACUUUUGAUGCAACACGCAAGACUUUUCUGGCACCUAUGGUACGUGUUUCGACACAUCCUAUGCGUCUUCUGUGUCUGGAAUAUGGUGCAGAUUAUGUGAUUUCUGAAGAAUUGAUCGACCAAAGAAUUAUCCGCUCUUCAAGGAUAGUAAAUGCUGAAUUGAAUACCAUUGAUUUCGUUUUACCUGAUGGUUCAGUGACAUUUCGUACAUCAGCGGAAGAGAAAAAUCGCGUUAUUGUCCAAUUAGGAACUCCAGAGCCUGGGACAGCAUUGAAAGCCGCCAAAAUGCUGGAAAAUGAUGUUAUGGGUAUUGAUGUGAAUAUGGGUUGUCCUAAAGCAUAUUCUAUAAAGGGUGGAAUGGGAGCAGCCUUACUGACAAAACCAGAAAUUGUCAAAGACAUUCUUACUACUUUGACUACAAAUCUCCGAAUUCCAGUUACUUGUAAAAUGAGGAUUUUACCUGAAUUAGAAAAAACAAUUGCUUUGGCUAAGCUAAUUGAAUCGACAGGUGUUGCAGCGAUCACAGUACACGGUAGAACAAUCAAUGAACGUUCAAUGCAUCGGAAUCGUAAUGAAGUUAUUCAAGCAAUAGCUCAUUCAGUAGGUAUACCUGUUUUGGCAAAUGGUGGUUCUCGUGAUAUGAUUAGAAAUCAUGAAGAUAUUGAAUAUUUUCGACAAUUGACUAGUGCAACUGGUGUUGUUAUAGCCAGAGCUGCUAUGUGGAAUCCUGCCAUAUUCAAAUCACUUCAAGUUGAUGAACCGUUACCUAAACUUGAGGAAAUUAUUUGUAGAUAUUUAACUCUGUCUGUUCGUUAUGAUCAUCAUAUAGCUGGUGCAAAGUAUUGUGUUUUACGGAUGUUACACGAUUUCGGUGGUACGCCGAUAUAUGAAGAUGUAUUAGCCGCGAAUGAACUACGUGAUCUAUGUGCCAUAUGGAAUAUGUUAGAUGUUUACGAUCAUGAAAUGUCUAAUCGAUUAGAACGUUUAAAAAAUCAUCAACUUACAUUAAACAAUUCAACAAUUAGUUGUAAUCAAGAAAUAAUUUCAUCUCCUUCACUAUCAGUUUCUUCUGACUCUCUCUCAGUUCCAGAGAAACGACCUCGUGUAGAAGAACAUUUAUCAAAUACUACAACAGUAUUAGUGAAUGAUAAUAAUGUGCCUGAGAUAAAAAUAAAUACUUUCGAAGAAAUUGUACUCUCUAUUCCAUAUGAACGUAGAUUUUGGCCUGAUCAUGGAACUAGUCCAAAACAAAUACUUCGUGAACAUUGUAAAUUAUUAAAAUGGGAUUCACCUAAAUACGAAACUAUUGAAGAUCGUAACAAAAGAUCAUUUUUCAGUACUGUUUUAGUGAAUGGUGUACGUUAUCGAAAUACCAGUGCAUGUAAAUCAAAAAAGUAUGCUGAACAAGCAGCUGUAUUAGUUUGUCUACAUGUGUUAGGCAUACCCGAUGGAAAAGUUUACGCUGAUGAAAAUAAUAAGGUUAAUCUUAAUGAUAAAUAAUUUUAGACAAUCUCUUUUAUGAUCUGUAAACAAAACACAAAUGUAACCAAAAGAGAGGUUUACUUCAAUAUUUUGAUAAAUUUGAUUUUUGGAUAAAAAAAAUUGCUUUUUUUAUUGAGUUAUGUAUUUGUUAACUUACAUAGAGAUAUAACAUUAGCAUCUUCAGUCAUAUUCAGCAAUUCUAAUUUAAAUUUUAAAACAUAUCUGUAGUUC